AUGAUUUUUCCUAGACGAGUGGGUGAUUUCUCGCAAAAGCCACGCCACCGCCGCAUUAACAGUGGUGACGCUAAGAGCUCCUUUUCGGCCCAGGAUGUCUUCUGUCUUGUGACGUUUUCGCUCGCGCGCACGAGAUGGAUGCCGCCACACGUCCAACUCCUAGUAAUAGAACUGCGGCCGUUAUACGCACUAUGGUCGGCUGGUCGUGCCGUGGGCGGGUGGACCACAGCCUGGUGUGCCACGGGUGGGCGAUCCACGCCAGACGCGCGACGCGCAUCUAUUUUGUGUGAUAAUAUACAAUUCACUAAGUUGGAAAACUAUCUUAUUUUCUAUCUAUCUAUCUAUCUAUCUAUCUAUCUAUCUAUCUAUCUAUCUAUCUAUUCUAGCAAUCUAUCUAUCUAUCUAUCUAUCUAUCUAUCUAUCUAUCUAUCUAUCUGUUCAAAUCUACAUCAUUUAACUUUUACAUUUAUUAAUCUUAUUUUCUGUCUGUCUAUCUCUAUCUGUUCAUAUCUAUAUAACUAUUUAUAUCUAUCUAUCUAUCUAUCUAUCUAUCUAUCUAUCUAUGAAUACGAAGUAGUGAGCUCGAUCCUCAUUAGGCAAUCUAUCUAUCUAUCUAUCUAUCUAUCUAUCUAUCUAUCUAUCUAUCUUCUUUUAUAA